AGCAACAUUUUAAAAAUUCAGCAGUGACUCACACGUGUAGUUUGAAGUCCUUAAAAUUUUAUUGACAUGCGGAAGAACGCAAAAUAUCAAUAUUUAUAUUGCCGCGCUGUCUGAAAUAAUUCCGCAUCCCUCUGUCGCUCCACACUGUAGAGAGCUCGUGAGCGCGCUUUCAGGUGUUGACAGAGAAACCUAGUAAGAGUCGGCGAGGAGGAAGAGGGUGUGUGUGUAUGAAAGAGAGAGGGAGGGAGAGAGAGAGAGAGAGAGGCACGCUCUCUCUCCUAGUGCACUUUGCAGUAAGUUGCGGGUGGCUGUUGCUGGCGUGGCGGUUGCUGGUCGCGCAGGGAACUUUAACACGCUGGAUCCCAAAGUCCGUCUCCCUCACCUGCGCAGUUCGGAGCUGCCAUGGAUUUCUCGGCCGGAUUUACUAUCCUAAUCACACUGCCGAUCUUUCUGCAGACGAACGGCCUUUAUAUCUCCAGUAGCAUAGAUUCCCUGCAGCAUGUUCUGGGGGACUAUGGACUGGUGAAACCCGUUCUUACUGAUGCAGAAGGCCGCUUCCUGUCCCAUGCGGUAUCGGUUGGUCCAGCAGGUGGGCAGUUCCGUAGGCGCUGGAGAAGAGAGGCGGCAUCAGCCGACCACGCCCACCAUGAGUUCAAAGGAGACACGCUCGAGCAGCUCUACUACAACGUCACCGUCUUCGGCCGGGAGUUUCACCUGCGUCUGCGCCGCAACACACGCCUGGUGGCUCCCGGAGCCAAGAUGGAGUGGCAGGAAUCCGGCGGCAUGCACUCCGAGCCUUUGAAGAGUGACUGCAUGUAUGUGGGUGACAUUACGGACAUACAGGGAGCCUCAGUAGCUAUUAGUAACUGCGACGGCCUGGCAGGAAUGAUCAGAACUGAGCAGGAGGAGUUUUUCAUUGAGCCAGUGGAAACGGGACAUCAUGUGAUGGAGCAGGAGGAAGAGGACGGUGGCCGUUCUCACAUUGUGUACCGUUCCGCCGCUGUGAAGAAGCCUCCUGUUAGCUCACUAGCUGCAGACUUUCACUCAAGAGGUGCUGAUCUGGGCGGUCUGUUGGAUCUCGAGACUUUGUAUCAGGGCGUAGAACGCAGUAUUAACCAGAGCCGACGAGCCCGCAGACAGUCCCCCGAAAGAGCCUACAACAUUGAGGUUUUGCUGGGGGUGGACGACUCCGUGGUGCAGUUUCAUGGACAGCAACAUGUGGAGAAGUACCUCCUCACUCUUAUGAACAUUGUUAACGAGAUCUAUCAUGACCAUUCUCUUGGGGCACGAAUAAACGUGGUGCUAGUUCGGAUUGUUUUGGUGGAUGCCAAAAAAUCCACGAGUCUCAUUGAGCUGGGCAACCCUUCUCAGAGUCUGGAGAAUGUGUGUCGAUGGGCUUUCGAACAGCAGAGGAAGGACACUAAUGAUAAAGAAUACCACGAUCACGCCAUCUUUCUCACUCGUCAAGAGUUUGGACCCACGGGGAUGCAGGGUUACGCUCCUGUCACAGGCAUGUGUCAUCCCGUACGGAGCUGCACUCUCAAUCAUGAGGAUGGUUUCUCGUCUGCUUUUGUGGUGGCGCAUGAAACCGGCCAUGUGUUGGGAAUGGAGCAUGAUGGGCAGGGGAACCGUUGUGGAGAUGAGGUGCAGAUGGGGAGCAUCAUGGCCCCACUGGUGCAGGCUGCUUUCCACCGGUUCCACUGGUCCCGCUGCAGUCAACAGGAACUCGGCCGCUACCUGCAUUCAUAUGAUUGUCUCCGUGAUGACCCGUUCGAGCACACGUGGGAGGAGCUUCCACAGCUGCCUGGGCUGGAUUACUCUAUGAACCAACAGUGUCGCUUUGAUUUUGGGGCCGGAUAUAUGAUGUGCACAGCGCUGCAAAAGGUGGGGCCGUCAGGAGCCCAGUAUCGCUCAUUUGACCCCUGUAAGCAGCUUUGGUGUGCUCACCCAGACAACCCCUUCUUCUGUAAGACCAAAAAAGGACCCCCCAUUGAUGGUACCACAUGUGGAGAUGGGAAGCACUGUUUUAAAGGCCACUGUGUGUGGCUGACUCCAGACAUCAUAAAACAGGAUGGAGGCUGGGGGAUGUGGAGUGAGUUUGGCUCCUGCUCUCGCCCCUGUGGAAGGGGACUACAGUUUCGCACCCGAGCUUGUGACAGUCCACGUCCAGCUAACGGUGGACGUUCUUGCUCCGGCCCAAGCUAUCAGUUCCAAAUGUGUAAUACACAUGAGUGUAAGGACCCGUACCACGACUACAGAGCCGAGCAAUGUAGCAUGAUGGACAACAAGUUUGAGUACCAGAAUACCUGGCACCACUGGUUGCCUUAUGAACACCCUGACCCUAAGCAACGCUGCAAAUUGUACUGUCAAUCCAAAGAGACGCGAGCUGUAGUCAACAUGCAGACUCUGGUGGAAACUGGAACACGCUGCUCCUACAAAGAUCCCUACAGUGUGUGUGUGUACGGAGACUGUGAGAAAGUGGGCUGUGAUAAUGUAGUUGGAUCAGCUUUUCAGGAAGACAAGUGUGGCGUCUGUGGGGGAGACGGAACCAAGUGCAAGACUCACAAGUUUAACUUCACCUUUGUAGAGAAGAAAGGUGUCAUUAAGGUGCUUGAAGUUCCCAGAGGGGCGAGACAUCUCUUCAUCCAGGAACUUAAUGGGACUACUCACAUUUUAGCUAUCAGGAAUAAAGCGUCGGGUGAUUUCUUUCUCAACGCACAUGGAGACUACCCAGAGACGCGCUCAGUUAUCGAAAAAGGACUGGAAUGGGAGUAUGAGAAUAAAAACAACAAGGACACCAUUCAAACCAAUGGCCCCCUGAAAAACGAUGUGGUUGUCAUGAUCCGAAUGCACGGAUCGGCCAAAGUGAAAGUGUCGAUCAAAUACAUCACUGACAACGACAGACCAAGUGACAGUGCCAAUGAGAAUAACAUGGUCCCUGAUAAUGCUGUGCCAUACUCCUGGGUGGUGAAGAGAUGGGCACCUUGUUCCAAGACCUGUGGAGGAGGCAUUCAGAUGACACGCUACGGUUGCCGUAAAAACACAGAGAUGAGGAUGGUCCAUCGCAGGUUCUGUGAGAAAAUCAAGCAACCUCCACCCCUAUUUAGAGACUGUUACCUGAGAGAGUGUGCUCAGCCUAUCUGGGUGGCUGGAGAGUGGGGUGAAUGCAGUAAGUCUUGUGGGAAGACAGGCACUCAGACACGCUCUGUACGCUGCGUCCAGCCUCUGGUCGACGACAAGUACAAAUCCAUCCGCAGUCGUUACUGCAGCGACGAGCGUCCAGAAUCCCGCAGAGACUGCAAUCGCAACCUGUGCCCUGCUGAGUGGAGGCUUGGCCCCUGGUCACAGUGCUCAGUGACGUGUGGUAAUGGCACGCAGGAGAGGCAGGUGCUUUGCCACACCCGUGACAACACCAUUGGACUCUGUUUGGACUCCAAACCAGCUGCAUUAAGACCCUGCAGAAUGGAUCCCUGCCCAAGGAGCACUUCCGACUUCAACAAGCACGGCAACUUCCUGAUACAGUGGUUGUCACGUCACGACCCCAAAUCCCCCGUGCAGAGGAUGUCAAGACUGCGUUGUCAUGGUGACCGUUCUACGUUCUGUCGCAUGGAGGCGCUGCAGCAGUAUUGUUCGCUUCCGGGCUUCCAGCGCAUGUGCUGCAAAUCCUGCAAGGUUGACAAUUCCACAAAGAUCACUGUGAUCACAAGUAGGCCACCAUCCAAAUCAAAAAUAACCACUAAAGGACGAUCGACCACAACUCAGAGUCCCACACGCACAGAGUCCACCACACCAUGGACCUCCACAGCAGCCUUUCUACAAACAACAGAAGGGAAAAGUGCCACUUCUGUGAGCACACCUUGGUUAUAUACAGCCUUAGCAACGUCAGCUGAUCCUCACGGAUACACGACAAUGCCCAUUUUUCCGUAUACUACAACUCCUAUCUAUAAGCACGCCACUCCAGAUUUCCUUCCAGAACAGAGCACAUCCUUCGCUAUUAGUACAGCAACUAGGAACACAUCUGCACCUGGUAAUGACAUGGCAAACAGCACAGAAUUACCUGUUAGCACUGUAAUCCCCAUCAUUUUCAGUAAUGCGAAUGACGCCACUCUCAUUCCCAACACCACCAUCCAGUUUGAAAAGUUUGAUAGGAGUAGUGGUGCACCAGAUGUGGACAACAGUGUGGUAUUGCAGUCAACGACAGAGUAUGGUGUGAAUGAAAACGAAUUAACAACCUCGGACACCAUGUUACCUGUUAGCACUGCUAUCCCCAUAAUUUUCAACGAUGUGAAAGAUGCCACCCUCAUUUCCAGCACCACCGUCCAGUUUGAAAAGUUUGACAUUAGUAGUGGUGCACCAAAUGUGGACAAUGGUGUGGUAUUGCAGUCUUCGGCAGGGUAUGGUGUGAAUGAAAACGAAUUAACAACCUUGGGCACCAAAUUACCUGUUAGCACUGCUAUCCCCAUAAUUUUCAGUGAUGUGAAAGAUGCCACCCUCAUUUCCAGCACCACCGUCCAGUUUGAAAAGUUUGACAGUAGUAGUGGUGCACCAAAUGUGGACAACGGUGUGGUAUUGCAGUCAUCGACAGGGUAUGGUGUGAAUGAAAACGAAUUAACAACCUUGGGCACCAAAUUACCUGUUAGCACUGUUAUCCCCAUAAUUUUAAAUGAUGUAAAAGAUGCCACCCUCAUUUCCAGCACCACCGUCCAUUUUGAAGAGUUUGAUGGGAGUAGUAGUGCACCAGAUGUGGGCAAUGGUGCGGAACUGCGGUCAACGACAGAGUAUGGUGUGAAUGAAAACGAAUUAACAACCUCAGGCAAGAUGGUCCACAGCAUCCCAGUGACAUCUAUAGCAGAGGUGCCAACUGCCACAGAAGAACCUGCUUCAAUGGCAACAACUUCUAUAUCUACAACUUCCAGUACACCACAGUCAAGUACAACAGCAUCCAGCACAGAGAAGACAAGCAGACGGCCGAAUAAUUUGGAAGAGACGAGCGAGAGCAAUGCUAUCGAUAUGCCGUAUCGAAUAAUCCCGUUGGACAUCGAGUUUCCUCCAAAUAACAUCAUCCCCAGGAGAGGCCGCGUGUUUCUGCGUGAGAAAACACGGAAUAAGCGCAUCCAGGAACUGCUUGAGGAGAAGCGAAACUUUUUGAGACGGAUGAAAAGAGCACAGGGGUUUUGAACCCUGUCCAGUUUCUCUUAUAGAGAUACAGCUGCCAAAUGCUACUUCUGAAUCUAGACUUCAUCUUGGUGCUUGGGUCAAGAACUGGAAAAAUGGCCAAAAUAUUUAAUGAACUGAUGCUUUUCCCUCUUUUAAUGACAUGGCAAACUGAUCUUUGUGGAACAAAACCACUAGCAUGUGUUUGCACAGUGUCUUUGAAACUCAACUAUGUCCCUUUAGGAGGUUUCACUGAAGGAUCUUCUAAUUCGAAGUGAUUUAUCAUCUUAAAGGAUUAGUUCAGCCAUAAAAUGAAAUUCUGUCAUCAUUUAUUCAACCUCAAGUCAUUCCAAAACUGUAUGACUUUCUUCCUGAUGUAGAACAUUAUACAUAGUUUUCCAUACCAUAUAUUUAAAUGGAUAUGUGGAGCUAUCAAGCCCCAGAAUGACAAUAAAGCAUCAUACGAGUAAUUUUCCAAAGUCUUUCGAAGCCAUUUGCUUUAUGCAAGAAACAAGUCAUUUUCAACAAACAAUAUCAUAAUAGAUCAUAAAACAUAAAUCCUAAAUAUUCACAUUUCAGGAUAUUCAAAUACGGUUCAUCAAGAUUUUUUUUUUAUGGUACUUUUAUUGUUUUGUUUUGAAGCCUGACUGCUUCUGGUCCCCAUCCACUUAUAAUGAAUGGAAAAAAACAGCAUGAAAAAGAAAGGGAAGUCAACAAGAGGGUGAGUGAAUGGUGAGAGAAAUUUCAUGUUUGGGUGAACUAAAAACCAUAGAAAGAGUUGAAUGAAUUAUCAUUUGCAUGACAGAUACAGACAACAGGCACAUACUGUAUUAUUGGUAAAUUACGGUAUAGAAAUGGUGUACUAUUUUUUUUCAUUUGGCACCAGUCUGAAAUAUACUUGUUGGCUAUUUAUCAUAAAAAUGUCUGAUUAUUUUACAAAAAAUAUGGAAAAUAUAUGGAACCCAUGGUGACAAUAUAUUGUGAAUAUACUGGAAAAAAAAUAUGAGAGUCAACAAGUGAAUCUGCAAGUACUUAAUGUACAGUAAAUGUUCUUUCAGUAUGUAAAAUGAAUAGCACUAAAUUACCCCAGAGAAGUGAAUCAGAGUUAAGUGUGUAUAACCAGACAUGACAUGCAGUUAAGACAUUUCCAUUACUCAAUAUUCUUACCUAUAUCGCUGUCUCAUAUGUUUUGACUUGCAUGUAUCUGUGAUGAGAAAAAUUACACAGUUGUUUUCACUGGUGAGUGAUUUGACAAGAACAAUUCAGGGAUGCGCCAUACAGAUAUUAAUUUUAUGCUUGUGAAUUAUAUUUUCUUUCACCAGUAUGCAAGCUUAUGCUGAAACUUUAUUAAAUCAGGUCAAGAAGAUAUAUAUUUUUAUUUGUGAGAUAUUAAUGAUUAUGAGUGCUCUACAGCCUUUCCCAAAGACUUCUAAGACUCCAUAUGUAAAAAGCAGAAGAAAAUGUCAAAAACAGAAAUAAAUUUUCUAUAUUGCAAGAGUUUCGUUUCACAUUCCUCUUAUACAUUUUCUUGUGCUUUUACAGAACUUUUUUAGAUUUUGAUAGAAUUAUUUUAAUUUAAAGUUUACAUCUUUUUCAUUUAAACGCUAAAACAAACAUAUGCUGUAUAUAUCACCUUCAUUUUUGUAUUUAUUAUUCUUCUCUGCACAUUUUGCUGUUAAAAAAUUGUAUAUGCAACUCACAUGUUAAAUAAUUGACAAACUUUUUACAGCUGUUUAAUUAAGUUACCUUAAAAAGGUUAGUUCACCCAAAAAUGAAAAUUCUGUCAUUAAUUACUCACCC